AACCAGUCGAUCUCGACCAUCAUCGCACAAGCAGGUCAGGAAGCGUGGCAUCCUGUGCCUCGCUGUACUUUGGCUUACACUCACAAAAAUAGGCAUCUAUUGUUUCGAUCUGUCCGCACCCAUCACCAAAGGUUCGCUGUGUUUCCACUAUUUCUCGAUCGGCUUUGAGAUACAUGCAUAUUCAUCUCGACGCAGAUACCUACAAAGCUGCGGUUGCAUCAGCCCGUGUUACCCUUUCUGCUGCCAGAUACCUGACCACGUUGGGGAAUCCAACGAAAAGUUCAUGCCCAGCCGUAUUUGCUCUAUCGCGCCCCCCUGGUCAUCACGCGGGAUCUACAAUAUCAGGAGGCUAUUGCUUUUUCAACAAUGUUGCGAUUGCAGCGAGGUGCUUCCAGUCCCUUGACAAAUCUCGAUGCCCUAUAGCUAUUCUCGACAUCGAUUACCACCAUGGUAACGGGACGCAGGAAAUGUUCUACUCGGAUGAAUCAGUACUUUACGUUUCUUUGCACGCCGAGAACGACUUUCCCUACUUCACCGGUUCCAGAGCCGAGGAGGGCGCUGGCGCUGGCGUUGGCUUUAAUGUCAACAUGCCACUCCCACAGGAAACGGGUGACGAACAGUAUCUGGACGCAUUGUCGAAAGCAACAGACAGAAUCAAGAAAUUUCGUCCAACGUUUGUAAUAGUCAGUCUCGGUGUGGACACCCACGAACAUGAUCCGAUCUGCAAGUUCAAUAUCACCACCCCAUGCUACAGGCGAAUAGGCGAAUCCAUCCGUUCCAUCGCUCGGCCGACACUGUUUGUGCUGGAAGGAGGAUAUCAUCUUGAUUCUAUUGGCGAUAACGUCGCCAACGUUUUGCAGGGCUUUGAAGUUGCCAAAGUCUCAUGAUGAACACGAGGCCAGCCGCACAUUGAUGACUAUCCGCACUCUUUCCUCUCUGAGAACAAUAUAUCAUCACAUACUACCAAUCAAUGGAUUCA